GAAACCCUUCGUUGCUGUUAUGCUGGGAGCGUGCAUUGGUUUGUCAUUCGCGCUGUCGAUGGAAAGGACUGCAAAAAGCCAACCAGAACUAGAGAAUUUCUUGGCGGAGAUAAGUGCAGAAUUCGCUGCUGAUGCACGGCAGGGGCGCUUCUUGGAGCCUGCAUAUUUUGCUGUUAGGAAGAAACGUUACUUUAUCGGUACUGGUGGUGUGGGUUCCUUUUUUUAUGCCUGGCGCAGGUGCAUUGAUGCUGGAAAAUCCUUGGCAACGAUCGAGAGCGAAGAAGAUCAAAGAAAGCUGGAAGCUUUGACAGCACCAUAUAACUCAGAUUACUGGAUCGCAGCUACUAGUUUGGGCAAUGCUGAUGCAAAUCUUACGUGGAUAACUAGCGAUCUGCCGGUACUAACAGCACCGUCGUCAUUAAACGUAAAUGAUGAUAGCUGCAUCAGUUUGCAUUCGUCUGGCGAAUGGCACAAUAAUGAUUGCUUCGAUGAAGAUAUUGCAUACUCCUACCUUUGCGAAUCGUACGUCUAGAAUAAACGGCGACCUGUUGAAUUGUGCACAAGAUAAAAUUCCAGUAGUGUAUGCUUGAACAUUAAGUAAAAUUGAGAUAUUAUUAUGUUUCAUUGAUUGUACUUUAUACUUUGACAGUUUGGUGAUAGAUAUAUAUUUAAUCACUAGCAAAAGCGUUGUUUUACGAACAUAUAUUCGUUGGUUAGACAAUAACGUAGGUUUUUUCAUUGAUAUCACGAGGAUCCGCUUUAGUUAAUAGCUAUUGUUUGAACUGAUACGGGAUGUUUGGAUAAUAA